UACGAAAAUCAAUUUAUUUAUUUAUUGAAAAAUUUUUCGUAGAGAAACUUGUGUGUGUUUUUGAAUAUCGAAAUUAAUAGUAUUUAUUAUAUCAAAUUUUGAAAAUAUGGAUAAUGUUUUACCAUUGAUCUUGGAAUCCCUUAGUUCCAAACCUGAAUCAGAGGAAACUGAGAAAAAUCUUUUAAAAGAAUUGAGGGCCAAAUUCAAAGGUAAAAAUCUUAAAAGCAAGAAUUUAAAGAAAAGCUUCGAAGAAGCUAUUGUUAUCGGAGAAGAUUUGGGAAUAAUACGAUUGUUCAAUGAAAACAUACGAAUGCCUUUUGCUUUGAAAAAUAAGAAAAACAAGGAAGAGAAUGCGGUACCACAACCAAGUCGAAGUAUGUCUGUGCCUGCCAAAACCUCAAAAAAGGAUGAAUUGGCUACAACUGAUAGGAUGCGUAGAGGUCGCAGCCGAAGAGGCAGUCGUAGAGGAAGAAGCCGUAGUCGAAGCCGUAGAGGACGUUCCCGAAGUAGUCGAAGACGGCGACGUUCACGAAGAUAAGGAAAUUGUAUUUCAAUUUUUUUUUUUCUAAAUGUUAAAUUGUACAUGAUUUAAAAAACACAUUAAAAUAUGAAGUGCUUUGUAAUCAAAGAUCUAAU